GACAUCUGAGAGCGCUGGGGUCAUCCUAGCCUGCUUCCAUCCCUGCUGCUGCUAGGGUUCCAUAUAUAGUUCUUGACAACUGUAUCUACGGCUGGAGCUUUCAGCUCUUUCCCUCUCCUGUCACAUUUCCACUUCUGCAGCCCAAGAACAAGCUUGCAGGGCAGUGCUUACUUUCCUCUAUAGUGAUCACUGGACCCCCAUUCCUGCAGGAUGGCUGAAAAACAGGAGGAACCCCAACCUGCCCAGAAUGGUGAAAAUGCUGAAAACACUGAAAAUGCAGAGGAGGCAGAAAAGCCCAAGGAGCUGGAGGAGCUGCCACCAUUUGAAAUUGUAACAGGAGAACGGCUACCAGCCUUCUUUUUCAAAUUCCAGUUCAGAAAUGUAGAAUACAGUUCCGGAAGAAACAAGACCUUCCUGUGUUACAUCAUAGAGAUUCAAGGCAAGGAGUCGAAGACUUUACAGGGUUACCUGGAGGAUGAACAUGCAGCAGCUCAUGCAGAAGAUGCCUUCUUCAAUAACAUCCUGCCCACAUGUGAGUCUGGUCUGCGCUACAGUGUCACAUGGUAUGUCUCUUCUAGUCCCUGUGUGGCCUGUGCUGAUCGGAUAACUACAGCUCUGAAGAAAAAUAAGAACCUGCAUCUCUCCAUCCUGGUUGGCCGUCUCUUCAUGUGGGAGGAGCCUGAGAUCCAGGCUGCCCUGAAGAAAAUGAAGGCAGCAGGCUGCAAAAUGAGGAUAAUGAAGCCUCAAGACUUUGAAUAUGUCUGGAAGAAUUUUGUAGAGCAGGAGGAGGGUGAGGAGGGAAAGGCAUUUGCGCCCUGGGAGGACAUUCAAGAGAACUUCCAGUUUUAUGAAGAAAAGCUUGCUGAAGUUUUGCAAUGAGGUUCAAGGCCUGCUUGUAAAAGAUCUGCCAGUCCUAUGGAGAGACAACCAUGAUAUACUCUGACAUCUGAGACUACUCUCUUCAGUCCCCCAGACUCACUCUCAAGCAGAACAUACUACUGUACGUCUCUAGUUAACAUGCUGUCGUGCUGACUAAAAAUACAUUUAUCAUGCUGCA